CCUCUGAGCUGUUCCUUUGACAUUCACUUUAUCAAAUACCUGUCCCGGUAUCUAAUCCAUUUAGUCAACUCAUCUUCCAAUCCCUCCUUUCGAUCCUCUUCCAUCAUCCGUGCUUGCCGCAUUCCUUUCAACCCAUCAUCCCAACUCCGCUUGUGCUUCUCCUUCCUCCCUUUCGCCUUGGCUGCUAGCUAAACGCGCUCAUCCGUCACCCAUCCGCGUCAGACGUUUGCCUCCCCCGAUCCCCAACUCCGAAUACCUCUGCUCCUGCUGCAUCCAGCUCCGUCGACAUCCAGAUCCGUCCGCCAUCUGCGCCCGAUCUUUCGAAAGUCCACGGACUCGUUUCCGACCGUUGUCUCGACUCCCGAACACCCCAUCCAUAUUCCCCCUUCGAGGUGGUUGCGUUGCCGGCAUGGUUGGUCUCACAUCGGCCGCUGGCCUCGUGGGCUUUCUAUCAGAACACGAUCCGACGUUGCGAAGUUUCGCCCUUCACAAGCUGAAUGAGGAUAUUGAUUUGUUAUGGCCCGAAGUCUCCGGCUCCCUCGCUCAAAUUGAGGCGCUUUACGAAGAUGAAUCCUUUCCAGAUCGUGAACUCGCCGCCCUGGUGGCCGCCAAGGUCUACUACCAGCUACAAGAAUACGACGAGAGCAUGGUGUUCGCCCUAGGUGCCGGAAAACUAUUCAGCAUCGAUCAGCCGGGAGAGUUUGAAGACACGAUUAUUGCAAAGUGCGUGGAUACGUAUAUCGCGCUGUCUGCUAUGCACAAUCCUCCCGCACCAGCGAGCAGUGCAAAUUCCGCGCCGCCCGUUUUGUCAACCGUGUUCUCCAACGCGACCAACGGUGCCGCGAACACGUCCGCCAGCCUCGCCUCCCCGACCACGCCGUUCUCGCAAUCAAUCCUCCCGUCAAAGUCGCUCCUAUCACGUCAAGAUUCAUCAUCGUUGGAAUCGUCCUUGAUGGUGGGCAACGGGGGCAUUGUCGGUGCUCACCCGGCGCCGUUGGCCCUCCAGCGGAACGUUCAGAAGAAUCUGCAGGCCGUCAUUCGGAGACUUUUCGAGAGCUGCUACGAGAUCGGCGAGUACCAUCACGUGGUUGGCAUCGCCGUCGAAGCCCGCAAUCUUGAGGUUUUGCGGGAAGCCAUCCUCCGUGCGAGCCGAGAAGAGAGAAAACAGAGCAAAAAGGCCGCGAGUCCCACUCCAGGCAAGAGCGAGGAACUGAUGGAGUAUGUGUUGGACAUCUGCAUGAACAUCGUCCAGGAGCGAGGAUUACGGAACGAGAUCCUCCACCUGAUCCUCGACCUUUUGAACGACAUCCCCAAUCCCGAUUACUUUUCGAUCGCCAAAUGCGUCGUCUAUUUGGGCGAGCAUUCCAUGGCAUCCAACAUACUGAAGCAACUCGUGGAAAGAGACGAUUCCAAGUCCCUCGCGAUCGCCUACCAAAUCUCCUUCGAUCUCUACGACAAUGGCACCCAAGAAUUCCUAUCUACAGUGAUGGAAGGAUUGCCAGAUACGACCGAGGAAGCGAAGGACAACGAGCACCCGGUCGCGAACGGGGAUAUCAACCACGACCGUGAGCCGGCCGAACCGACGGAGACGGACCAGCUGCUGGACUCGAACGGCGAUUCGCAAGCGAACGGUCCUCGGACCUCGACCAUCGCCACGCGCACGAAGCCGGCGACCGAGGCGGAAACGAAAGCCUAUAAAUCCAUUCGACAAAUCCUGACCGGCACGAAGUCAAUCGAGCUCAACCUGGAGUUCCUAUACCGAUCCAAUCGACACGAUAUCGCCGUGUUGAACCGCAUCCGAGACAGCCUCGAGGGCCGGAAUUCCAUAUUCCACUCGGCUGUUACGUUUGCGAACGCAUUCAUGAACUCGGGCUCGAUGAACGAUGGGUUUUUCCGACAAAACUUGGAGUGGCUCGGUAAAGCCGUGAACUGGAGCAAGUUCACCGCCACGGCGGCCCUGGGCGUGAUCCAUCGCGGAAAUAUCGGGCAAGGCUUGAAAUUACUUGAGCCCUAUCUUCCCAAGGCAACAUCGGUGAGCGGAUCCCCCUACAGCCAGGGCGGUAGUCUGUACGCUCUGGGGCUCAUCUACACCAAUCACGGGACCCAAGUCUUGGAUUACCUGCGAAAGCAAUUCAACGAAGCGACCGAAGAGGUCGUGCAGCAUGGUGGUGCUCUCGGCCUCGGCGUCGCCGGGAUGGCGACUGGUUCCGAGGACAUCUUCGAGGAGCUCAAAACCGCUCUGUGGUCCGACUCCGCCAUCAAUGGAGAGGCCGUGGGCCUUGCCAUGGGGUUGAUCAUGCUCGGCACCGGAAGCACCAAGGCACUGCAUCUCAUGAUCCAAUAUGCCCAUGAAACGCAGCACGAGAAGAUUGUUCGUGGCCUCGCCAUGGGCAUGGCGCUGAUUAUGUAUGCCCGACAAGAAGCGGCCGACGAUCUUAUCAAUGGGCUCCUCGAGGAACCCGACCCAUCGCUCCGCUACGGUGGCAUCAUGACCAUUGCGUUGGCGUAUUGUGGAAGCGGAAGCAACCGUGCCGUCCGUCGACUGCUCCACGUAGCUGUCAGCGAUGUCAACGAUGAUGUGAGGCGAGUCGCCGUUAUGAGCUUGGGCUUCGUUCUGUUCCGGAAACCGGGCAGCGUUCCACGGAUGGUGGAAUUGCUGGCCGAGAGCUACAACCCGCACGUCCGGUAUGGCGCCACCAUGGCCCUGGGGAUUGCCUGCGCUGGAACAGGGUUGGACGACGCGAUCGAUCUGCUCGAGCCGAUGAUGAAAGACUCGGUCGACUUCGUCCGCCAGGGCGCGUUGAUCUCUCUCGCCAUGAUCAUGGUGCAGCAGAACGAGGUCAUGAAUCCCAAGGUGGCGACCAUCCGCAAACUGCUGACCAAGACGGUCAGCGAUCGCCAUGAAGACGCGAUGGCCAAGUUCGGAGCGGCGCUCGCACUGGGAAUCAUCGACGCCGGCGGUCGAAAUUGUACCAUCGGCCUGCAAACGCAAACGGGGAACCUCAACAUGACCGCGGUCGUGGGGAUGGCCAUCUUCACCCAAUAUUGGUAUUGGUUCCCGCUGACGCACUUCCUAUCCCUCUCCUUCACACCGACGGCCAUCAUCGGAGUAGACCAGGAUCUGGAAAUCCCCAAUUUCGCGUUCCACAGCGCCACACGGCCGAGUCUGUUCGACUACCCGCCAGAGCAGGAGGUCAAGACCGAGGAGGCACCCGAGAAGGUAAAGACCGCCGUUCUUAGCACGACGGCUCAGGCGCAGAGGAGGAAGAUUGCCAAAGAGCGACAAGCCCGGCGGGAGAGCACGAGUGGCAUGGAGAUCGACCAAACCCCUACCACCCCCAAAGUUGGCGCCGAAGACGCGAUGGAGGUGGACGAGGAGACAAAGAAGGAGGACGAAGAGAAACCCCCGGCCGAAGGGGACAAGGAGAAGUCAAAGGACGGCGCGGCAGUCGAAGGCAAAAAGCGACCGGAAAAGGAGAAGGUGGGGUACGAGCUGGAAAACAUGUCUCGCAUUCUUCCCGCGCAGACCAAGUACCUCAGCUUCCCGAGUGACCGAUAUGUUCCGGUCAAAAAGCCUACCGGCGGCGUCAUCCUGGUCCACGACAAUCAGCCAUCCGAGCCGAAAGACCUGCUCGAACUCAAGGUCCAGAAAGCUGUCGUCACCGCCGCGCCCACCGCUGGCCAAUCGACCGGUCCCUCCGGGGCGCAAACGGCCACCACGGGAAUCCCCAGCAUCGGCAGUCUCUCGUCGUCGCAGCUCGGAAACCUCAACCCCGCGCAGCGCGACAUGAUCGGGAACCUGCAGCGCCUGUUGGGGGAGCAAGGCCACGGUCAGGCCGGGGAGGACGAGCCGCAGACGCCCGCGUUCCGGGGCGAUCACGGCGGCGCGGCGGCGGGGGCGGGCGUGCUUACCGCGUGGGAUGAUGGGGAAGAGGAGGCGGAGGCGCCCGACGCGUUUGACUAUGACAGCGACGGACACCGCAACGAUGGGAUGGACGAUGAUGAGGAGUAAAGGGACGAUACCACCCGCCUUUUUCGCUCGGGGACGACCACCAUCCACCUCCGCUCGCCAUUCGGCAUCCUCAGAUUCGCUACGACGCCUCGAGACACCCCGAUGCGCUGGAUCGGCCACCCGCUUCGAUCCACCCUUCGACCUAAUCCCCAUGCAUCUGGUUCGGCGCCUACGGACUGUAAUCGUCUUUUUUCACGUUCACGUUUGUCUUAACAACUUCCUGCCUGCGUACCUUGCGCUGACGGGGUCCACGGUGCUUCUGGAUUUUGGAACCCGCGCGCGGUCUUAGAAUAGUAAGG